CUAUUUCCAAAAAUGCAAUUGCACUUAACAAUCGUUAUUGUGAAAUGUGAAUGAUGACAAUACCAGCACAAACAAACGAUGUACAAUUAAAUUAAUAUAGAAAAAAGCAUUGUUCUGUUCGGUAUAAAUAAUAAGUUGUAUAUCAGCUAUUUUGUAACAAAUCAAAAUGAACGAAAUUGACGAUAAGUUUUAUUAUGUGUAUAGUUCGUCGUUAGAUCAUAAAGUAGAGAUAAAAAUUGGCACUCUUGAAGGCAAGCGGGCUAAGCCAGAAUAUGAUAAGUUGUUGUCAGACCCCAUGCUCAAAUUCUCUGGACUAUAUCAGGAGGGCUGCUCUGACUUGUAUGUAACAUGUCAAGUGCUGUGUGAUGGGGUGCCUCUUGCUUUGCCGGUUACAACAUCAUAUAAGGCUUUUACAAAUAGAUGGAAUUGGAAUGAAUGGGUGACUCUUCCAGUAUACUACAGUGAUCUGCCACGGAAUGCAAUACUUGCAAUGACAAUAUAUGACUGUGCAGGACCGGGAAAAGUGAUGGUGGUUGGUGGUACCACUAUUUCACUGUUUGGCAAACAUGGAAUGUUGAGACAGGGUAUGUUCGAUCUCCGCGUGUGGCCCGGUGUGGAGGGAAGCGAGAGGACGCCAGGGAAGGCGCCGGACCGCGGGAAGGAACAAAUGCAGAGACUGGCUAAACUCGCCAAGAAACAUCGCAACGGGCAUAUCCCGAAGGUGGACUGGUUAGACAGACUGACGUUUCGUGAAAUAGAAAUGAUCAACGAGAAAGAGAAGCGGAACUCGAACUACAUGUAUUUGAUGAUUGAAUUUCCGACGGUUCAAAUAGAUGGCAUUAAUCACGCUGUGGUUUACUACGAACAAGACGGUGACGAAAUGUACCAGUUCAGAGCUCAAGCGGAAAUAGUCACCGUGCCCGAUUAUGAGAUACUACAGGAGAACCUGGUGGAGUCGAAGCAGCACCGGCUGGCACGCUCGCUGCGCUGCGCCGUGCCGGGCCGCGACGCCAAGCCGUCGGCGGCCGAGCGCGACCAGCUCGCGGCGCUGCUGGCCGCGCCCGCCGUGCUCGCCGCGCUGUCGGCCGACGACCAGGACCUGCUCUGGAAGUACCGGUUCUACUUAUCAUCACACCGUCGAGCCCUCACCAAGUUCCUCGCGUGCGUCAAUUGGAAUCGACCAGGUGAAGUUAGACAAGCGUUGUCUAUGAUGAAGCAAUGGGCGCCGAUGGAUGUUGAAGAUGCCUUAGAGUUACUGACGCCGAAGUUCACGCAUCCGGCCGUCAGAAAAUAUGCAAUAUCAAGAUUAAAACAAGCGCCCGAUGAAGAUCUGCUGCUUUACCUCCUACAGUUAGUACAGGCUUUGAAAUACGAGGACUACAAAGAGAUACACGAGGAAUAUGCAAAAAUCUGCGGUAAAGAGGUGCCCGUUUAUUCCGAUUCGGACGGAAAGUUGAUGCAGAGCGGACAAAGAGGCAGCCAGGCCAGUCUCCUCUCCACUUCUAUGUUGACAGCGAGCGAGAUGACGUCAUCGUCUACAAGCCGCCACUCCGCCGAAGCGGUGGAGGAGCCGGCCAGUGCCGACAGCACCCUCGGCGAAAACGACGAAUACGGGUCGGAGGAGCCGAGCCUGGCGGGCUUCCUCGUGCGCCGCGCGCGCAGCAACAGCGUGGUGGCCAACUACCUGUACUGGUACCUGCUCAUCGAGUGCGAGGACGAGGUGGCGGGCCGCGGGGCCGACCUCGCCGCGCGCCGCAUGUACCUCGCCGUCAUGCGCACGCUCUCGCACCGCCUCGCCACAGGUAACGCUGACCACCAGCGCACCCGGUCGUUCCUGGCGCGUCAGCAAGUGUUCAUCGACAAGCUGGUGAAGCUGGUGAAGACGGUGGCGAGGGAGAGCGGCAACCGAAACAAGAAGGCCGAGAGGCUGCAGCAGCUGCUGUCGGAUCCCGACGCCUUCAAGUUCAACUUCACGAACUUCGAGCCCAUGCCCUUCCCGCUCGACCCCAAUGUGAACAUUAAAGGUAUAGUCGCUAAGAAAGCUAGUCUCUUCAAAUCGGCGCUAAUGCCGUGCAAGCUGACGUUCCUCACGAGCGAGGGCUCCGAAUACGAGGCCAUCUUCAAGCACGGGGACGACCUGCGCCAGGACCAGCUCAUUCUGCAGAUGAUCACGCUCAUGGACAAGUUGCUUAGAAGGGAGAACCUGGACCUGAAGCUGACGCCGUACAAGGUGCUGGCCACCAGCUCGCGGCACGGCUUUCUGCAGUUCGUGGAGUCGGUGACGGUGGCGGAGGCGCUGGCGGCGGAGGGCAGCAUCCAGAACUUCCUGCGCAAGCACGCCGGCUGCCCCAGCGCCCCCUACGGCAUCAAGCCCGAGACCAUGGACACGUACAUCCGCAGCUGCGCCGGCUACUGCGUCAUCACGUACCUGCUGGGCGUGGGCGACCGCCACCUCGACAACCUGCUGCUCACCCGCGCCGGCGCGCUGUUCCACAUCGACUUCGGCUACAUCCUGGGCCGCGACCCCAAGCCGCUGCCGCCGCCCAUGAAGCUCAGCAAGGAGAUGGUGGAGGCCAUGGGGGGGGUGCACUCGGAACUCUACCACGAGUUCCGCAAGCUCUGCUACACGGCAUUCCUGCAUCUGCGCAGACAUGCAAAUUUAGUUCUAAACCUCUUCUCGCUGAUGGUGGAUGCAUCCGUACCCGACAUCGCUUUGGAACCCGACAAGGCCGUGAAGAAAGUGCAGGAUAAGUUGAGGCUGGAUCUAGGCGAUGAAGAAGCGGUUCACUUCCUACAGAACCUUCUGGACAUGUCCGUGACGGCCGUCAUGGCGGUGCUGGUCGAGCAGUUUCAUAAAUUCGCGCAAUAUUGGCGAAAAUAAGAAUAUGAUAAAACCUCAACUAGUCAAAAUACUGGCUAACAUGCGAGUUACACUGAUUGCCUAAGGGUGAAGUUACACAUACCCUACUAAUUACAAUAUGGUACUGAUUUCUAUUGCUUAUUUUUAUUCUCUACUUUCAAUGGGUGGCCACCAGCGUCUGUAGCCGUUGAUCUAAGAGAUGUUAACAUUAAAAUAUAUCAUUAAUUACAUCGUCAAAGCAUUACCAACAAUGAAAACUAAAACUCGGUGUUUGUUAUUAUACGGGUUUUACUCUUCACGUUGGACCAACAAACUGAUGCUGUUUGGCAGGAUUGUGUUACACAAACACACAAACGUGUUCAACCAAAUCUUUAAAUGUAACUUUAAUUACAAUCGAGAAAAUAUUUCCAUUGGUAAUAAAUGAGUAAACCCAUGGACAAGGGAAUAUUUAAUUGUCCGUGUAUGAUAUUACUAAAAGUUGUUAAUUAUUAUUCCUAAAAAUUUUCAGAAGUAUAUCGCUAUACCAAAACGUAUAAAUAUUGGUACUUCUAGAAAAUAUUUAUAACUCUUUGUUGUUUUGUUUUUAUCAUAACAUAUAAUAUGUGUAUGAAGUGAUUAUUAAUGUUGGACGU